AGAGAGAGGGAGAGAGAGAGAGAGAGAGAUGGAGAUGGAGAACGCACAGCUGUAAUCCAGUCCUCUGUGUAGUGGAGUUAUAAUAAAAGCAGAACAACGCUGUCGCUGCGUGUCCGAUGAUUGAAGCCGUGUCCUCCGCGGCAUCUUCUCCGGCGUCCGGCGGUGAGUGUGGAGGGAGGGGAGGGGUCCGACUGGGAGGGGUCCUCUGACAUCAGGGCUGCCUCCUCCUCCUCCUCCUCCUGGAUGGAGCCCGGCUGUGUGCAGGCAGCGAUGGCCAUGGGAGAUGUCUCGAAGAAAGCUUCGGCCAGGAACGUGGCGGCGGAGAGGACGAACCUCAUCACCGUCUGCAGGUUUUCAGUAAAGACGCUGUUGGAGAAAUACACUGCCGAGCCCAUCGAUGAUUCAUCUGAGGAGUUCAUAAAUUUCGCAGCCAUCAUUGAACACAUCCUCAGCCACCGCUUUAAAGGCUCUGGCAGCUGGUUCGAUGGACAGAGGAGUUACUGGGACUACGUCCGCCUGGCCUGUGCAAAAGUCCCCAACAGUUGCAUCAGCAGUAUCGAGAGCAUGGAAAACAUCAGCACCUCACGAGCCAAGGGCCGAGCCUGGAUAAGAGUAGCCCUGAUGGAGAAGAGGUUGUCUGAAUACAUCUCUACUGCCCUGAGGGACAGCAGAACAACCAGGAGGCUCUAUUCAGAAGGAGCCAUCAUGCUCAGAGAGGAAGCCACGGUCCUCACAGGGAUGCUCAUAGGUCUGGGAGCCAUAGACUUCAGUUUCUGUCUGAAAGGGGAGGCCUUGGAUGGAAAAUCCUCCGCAGUGAUUGAUUACACGCCGUACUUGAAAUUCACACAAAGCUAUGACUACCUGAGUGAUGAUGACGAUCGACACAGUGUUGACAGCAGCACAAGUGACGACAGUGUCCCUGACCACCCUUACAUCCCCCUGGUCCCGGAUGAGGAGAGCUGGAGCACAAAGUGUCGCAAGAUGGAGCAGAGGUUCAAGAUCGUCAAUGCUCAGAAGGGUUACCUGGAGGAGCUUGUGCGCCUGCGCGAGUCCCAGCUGAAGAAUACGGAGACUGAAAACAAGAGGCUAAAAGCCCGGCUGGAUGAGCUGCAGAGCCAGAGCCAUCAGGAAAAGAAGGAACUGGAGGCCAUAGUCCUGGAGCUCCAGGAGCAACUGACAAGCUUGAUUCCAUGUGACUCCAAUCACCUGGCCAAAAACCUCUCGAUUCCCCUCGUCAACCAGUGGCCAGCUCUCCAGCCAUACAACAACAAAGAGGAUGUCAAGUUGUUCCGCAGGUCUGACUCCUGGAGGAGUUUCCCCAGCACAGAGCUGCUGUCAGUGGAGCUCAGCCUGGAUUCAGACUCGCAGAGGUUUGAGGGGAAACAGAACGGAGGAGCCUGGUGCACAGAAAAGAACUACACCCCCUCCAUGAUGGGCCUGUGUGGGUCCUUGGCCUCACUCCAGGGCUGCAAGUCUCUAAAUAGCCUCAAGUCAAGUGAGUGUCUGGUAAACAUCAGCACAGAAAACAGUCCUGCCCUCUCUCCCAGCUAGGGGGCGCCAAAGAAAACAAUGCCAACCACUGCACGGACUGAGACAACUCAACAUGAAAACGAAAAGACUACUUUUGGUAGGUGUCAAUUGCGCUCUCUUUUGUGGCCCUCAAGUGAGUCCCUUUACCUUUACGCUCUGAGCCCAGCACUCUCUCUAGUUAACCCUCAUAAGCGUUUGAGAAAAAGUACCCUCUCUGUGUGGGACUGUCCAACGAAGACAGAGGAAUAGCUGCUGAAUUGCCCGACAGCCUCCUUCAGUUUCACUGUCUUUCAUUGUCUUGACAUGAUUAAGCCUCCUGGAAUGCAAACAACUGGUUCAUAUUUGACCACUCUUACACUCUGACACUUGAUUUUGUGCAAUUACAGUAAUGUAUCUGUACUGGCAACAUUCAGCAAAACUCACCGUAGGGUUGCUCUGUAUGUACCUGUCCAUUUGUCUGUGUCUUAUCAGUCUGUCAGUGUCUUAUUCUGCCCAUCGCAAAAUGACUGGCCGGAUGGACGACCUGUUACAACAGAAGAAUAUUUUUGCGAUAUUAUAUUACACUGUCCACAGGCUUUCAAUGUGCUGAGCCAAAACAUGUGGCCAGAGAGGAUUUUGUGAUGAAAAUUAUUUAAAAAAAUUAACAGCUUCAUGAUAUUAGGAUGGAUGACAGUAUAGACUUUAUUCAAUCAUACAGUAGGUUAGAUACAGAUUUGGGGAUGUGAUACAAAAGUCCUGUCAGGUUACUAAGGUUUGCAGGGGCACUACAAUGGGAACAUAAAGAAAAAACAGGCAGACAUAAUAUCUAUUGCAUACAAAUGCAAAAUGCAUUGUGACUAUGCAGAAGGAAUGUUUUCCUUGUCUUUUUCUACAAACCUGGCUUGAUAGAGUAGUUUGAGCAAUGUGCGUAUGUGUGUCAUCUGUUUUUUGUCUUCAUUUUUGAUAUUUUCAUUGUACUUCAUAAUUCAUUUUAUGACAUUGAGUGCUUACUUGUAUAAUUUACCUUCCUGUAAAUUGCAAUCUCAUGCAGAUAUGUUGAGAGUUAAGUUAUGUUUUGUAAUUUAAAACUGCAAUAAAACUGCCUUUUUUUUCCAAA